UGUCAUGUCCGCGUAAACAAGCUUCAGAAAAGAACGACCCAGUUGACAAAAAAUAAAAAAAAUAGAUUACUAAUUACUCUAAAUUGAUAUCAAGUGUAUAAACAUUUGAAUAACAAUAAAAAGUUUAAAUAAAAGUGAUAAAUAAAAUGAGCAGAAAAAAAAAUCUCGACAUAGCAUUAAAUCAAGUGAUCAAUGAAAGUACGAUGAUUUUGCGUACGAAAAAAUAUUUAAAGCAAAAAAUAAUGAAUACAAAUGACAAGUACUAUAUAAAUAAUGAGUAUUACACUAAACAAAGGCAGCAUAUAUAUGAUUUAAUUCGCCGAACAGUAGAAUUGGGUGAAAGUAACUCAGCAUUAUUGAUAGGGCCACGUGGUUCUGGCAAGACAUCCCUGAUAAAUUCUGUUUUAAACGAGCUGUCAAGUUCUCUAAAAUGUUUCAAAUCAACAGCAUUAAUUGUCAAUCUCAAUGGACUAAUUCACACUGAUGACAGGUUGGCACUACGAGAUGCCACCAGACAAAUGCAAUUAGAAAACGUCGUUGGUGAUAAAGUAUUUGGAACUUUCGCUGAGAAUUUAAAUUUUUUACUCGAGUGUUUAAAAUCUGGCGACAAAAAAACAUCCAAGCCAUGCAUAUUUUUGAUUGAUGAAUUCGAUUUAUUUUGCCAGCACCACAAUCAGACUUUGCUCUACAAUUUAUUUGACAUCGCGCAGUCAGCACAGUCGCCAAUCUGCGUCCUGGGAAUCACUUGUCGGCUGGAUGUCAUUGAGCUGCUGGAGAAACGAGUAAAGUCUAGAUUUUCUCAUCGGCAAAUUUUCAUUUUUCCCGGCAGCGAUAAUCCACAGGCUGAACCCAAUGACAAUAUUGUCAAAUUAUUUUACUAUUUGCUCAGUGUAACAGAUGAUGAUGCCGAUGAUGAUGGAGGUCACGAUAUCGACAAACAGUUCGCUGCGAUUUGGAACAAAAACAUUGACAGUCUUGUUGCUAAUCCAGUGAUCAAAAAAUUGUUACAGAGAAUUUAUCAGCUGGACGUUGGUGAAAGAUUACUAAAAAAUUUGCUGUUUGUUAUCGUCUCUGGUCUGAAUGACCAGCAUUGCAAGAUUAUGGUCAAUGAUAUUGUGGAAGCCAGCAAAGUAUUUAUGCAUGAUGACAAACUACUUAUGCUUCAAGGUCUUUCUGUACUGGAAUUCAGUUUGAUAAUUGCAAUGAAACAUGAAACAGAAAUAUAUGAUGAGCCAUUUAAUUUUGAAGCGAUACUCAAUCGUUAUGUUAAAUUUGCUAAUCAAUUGUCAUCGAUUCAUUCUGUACAGAGGCCAGUUAUCAUGAAAGCAUUUGAACAUAUUAAGAAUUUGCAAUUAUUGGCACCAGUUAAUAGCAGCGGGAUUAGCAAUUAUUUGAAAUCGGAGAAAGAAUAUCAGUUUUUUAAAUUACUUGUCACAUCGCAACAAAUUAUUGAAGCUGCUAAAAAUUAUCCUGGGCUACCAACGGAAGUGUCUCAAUGGGUUACUUACAAUAAUUCAUUAUAAAUAAGAUAAUAAUUAAUUAUUUAGUAUUUAUUAUUUAUUAUUUAUAAUUUAUUUUUAAAAAAAUACAUUUUUAUACCGAAGACGAAAUUGAUUUUUAAUCGCCUUGGAUAUUAA